UAACCUAAAAUAUGAGUCUUGAUUUUGAUUUCUCGACAUUUGAAUCGUUCCGUUUUGACUUCGUGUUUAUAUCAUAAUAUUAUGCGACAUGCGUUAAUAAUUUGUAUUUACGUUUAAUUAUUUAGUAUUUCCACUGUUUCCAGUAUAACGUAGUACAUAUUCUACACUAUAAGCUAUUCGCAUUAUUUAAAUUAAUCACCGAAGUGUAAAUGGUUAAUAUAUAUAUAUUUUUUUUUUUUGUAAUUUAUAAAAGUAUCGUCUAAUGAUUACCAACAUUUAUAUUUCAAUAGAAAAAUUCGGUUAAAUAAAUAUGAUCCAGUUUUCAUUCCUACUUUCCUAGUGCUCACACUAAGAAGUAACUGAAAAUAAUAAUCAUCGAUUUAUUUCGAUAAAGUAUCAUAAGAAAUAAAUAUUAUGACUGACUUAGAAUAUGCGGUUGACCGCUACUUGGACAAUUAUGAUGAUGUUCUAAAUGAAUUACCUCCAGAUGUACAAAGACAAGUAAGUCGUUUUUUUGAAAUAGAUUGUCGUCACUCACAUAUUUUAAACAAGUUGACAAAUUAUACUAAAAAUGCUAAAAAAUUAACAUCUAAAGAUGGACAGCGUAUGAAAAAAAUGUUGAUAGAGUCAUUAGACUUGGCAGAUAGAAAAGUUCACAUCUCGGAAUGUGUAUUAGACAUGGUUGGAAAAAGCAUAGUUACUUUAAAUAUGAACUUUGAAGAAUUUAAAAUGUCAAAACUAUGUGUUAAUAAAUCAAAUAAAAAUACUAAAGGAUUGUUAAAAUGUACACCUGACUUUAAGGAAAUUAAUUCAGGUUCUAAUGAUUUACUAAAUAUAGAUAACUCUAGUAAACGUCCAAAAAGAAAUAUAACAAAAACAACCACCACAACAUCAAACAAAAGUGCAGAAAAUAAUGCAAAUUUGAAAAGAAAAUCAAGCACUAAUAAAAAUAUAAAUAACACCACAUUGAACAAAAAGUCUAAAGCACAGCCACCCAAAAAAAAAAAAAUAGUUUCAGAAUCUGAAAGUUCUGAUAGUGAUAGUGAAUUAAAAGUUAAUUACUGUAUUUGUGAAGAAAUAUCUUAUGGAGAUAUGGUUUGUUGUGAUAAUGAUUUAUGUCCAAACGAGUGGUUUCAUUUUGGCUGUGUGUCUUUAAGAAAGAAACCUAAAGGAAAAUGGUAUUGUCCACGAUGCAGAGGAACUAACUCCAAAACCAUGAAGCCUAAAGAAAUAAUUCUUAAAGAACUUGAGGAAUAUAAUAAACGUAAAGAAGAAAACUGGUGAAUGAUACAAUUCAUUCAAUUAUUUAAAGAUUAUAUUAUAUUUAA